UGAUCACUGAAGGACACGUGGCCAGCGGGAGAAGAAGAGGAGGCGCGUGACUGGUGCUAUACAUGUAAAUUACCCAUAAAACUGAGUCGGCGGGCUUAAAACAGUGUACUUUGCUUGUAUUGUGUGCCCGGGCAGUGUUACCAAUGUUUGCAGAUAAUGAGGUGGGCGUGGCGGGCGUGGGCGUGUAGUUAGCCGCGCGUGUAACAAGGUGUUUAUCGUGGGCAACCUCUGUCACCGCCGCCACUCACACCACACAGCGCAGGUAGGAGCGAUGGAGCGAGGCCAGGUGACUAGAGAGGCGUGGCUGGACAGGUGUUACAAGAGCUUAGUGACAUCCAAUCCGUCCUGCUUGCAACUGCUGGAGGAGGUGAGUGCCGCCCUGGCUCGCCACGUGACGGAGCCCCAGGAGUCAGAGCUCAGGCAGCAGGCUGUCUUCCUCUUGCUGGGGCCAGAGUACACAGCGAAACACUUCCCCUACCAUAGAUACAACGUGAGGACACUGGAGCCGCCCCUCAACCCGCAGCGGAAGGAGAGUUACCUGAAGGAGGCGCGCCUGUUCCUCGACGAGUGUUUUAGCCGCGCCUUGGAGGAGCUGAGUUACCCGAGGGACGCCUCCCGCUACACCGGGGACACGCCCCUGGGGAAGUUCGUGGGAGAGGUGAGAGCAGCCUACAGGGAGUGUGUGAACCAGCGGGCAGCGGUGACAGCAUUUGAGCAGGAGGAUGAGAAGAGGAGACAGCUGAGAGAGAGAAAAAAGAAGAGUCCGGAGGAAGAGGAAGAGGAAGAGGAAGAGAGUGUACACGUGACUGUGAAUUUGUCUGAGGCUGCAAGUGAAGCGAUUGUGAGCCUUGUGGGGACCGACGCAGGGGCGAGGGAGAGGCUCAGGAAGAGACUGAAGGAGAAGUAUGUUGCUCUCCCUCCCUCCCUCCGCCUCUCUCUGUGGUGGGAGGUGCUGGGGGAGAGGGAGGAGGGGGUGAGAGGGGAGGGAGAGGUGAGAGAGAGGCUGCUGUCAACUCUGGAGAGGGAGAUGAAGAGACAGCGAUUGAGAAGAGCGAUAGAGAGCAAGGCAUGGAGAGCGAUAGACGAGGCUGUCAUAGAGGCAUAUGACACCACUCCCCUGCUCGCGCCCUUGGAAUCAGAUGGCCACCUUCUUCAGACAGCUCGCGCCCUCAACAUCAUGACUGUUCUCAGCGGGAAAUUCUCGUCUUCCUUUGUGUUUUCUCUUGUUCCCUUACAGCUCCUCCUUCGUCGGCAACAAGAGCAAGAAGACGAGGCCGUGGUGAUGCGCGUGGCAAGUUGGGGUUACCUGUUGUGUCGCCACUGCCUGCUGGAGCCGCAGGAAGUGUUUGGCGUGGCGGAGGAGGUGGUGAGGGUGGUGGGGAUGGAGGACCCUGCCUAUCUAUCACACCUGCGCUCUUGUCUCUCCGCCCACACCCAAAAUUUCAAUGUGCAGGUGUUCCCGCCGGAGCUGCUGACGAGGAACACAGAGGCUUCACUCAGGUUUCACGCACAGCUGACAGGCAGAGGCGCCCGCUCCCUCCCGCCCGUGCCCAAGGGAGUGUUUAGUGAGCCAAGUCUGUUUGUCAGGAAGUGGAUAGCGCAGGUGUUUGUGGGCGUGGUGGAGAUGCAGGCGGCCCUGUGGGUGUGGGAUCAGCUCUUCUUGGACAAGUGGAGGCGUGGCACUGUUAAGUUUGUGGCACUGUCUCUCCUUGCUAUUAUACGACCGUGGGUGAUGAGGGCGUCUGCUUAUGAUAUCAUGAAGGUGUUGCUGGAGGAGCCGGGGCGAGCGUACCUGGGCGAGUUGCGGCGAGCGUUUGCACACCUGGCGGGCGGAGGGCGGCUUCAAGACACGCCCGCUGGGAGUUACGUGGGCGGCGAGGGCGUGGGUGGUGUGCCCUCUAUACAGCAGCAAGGAAAGUAAGCAGCAAACAAGGCAGAGAAUGUGUCCAGACAGGUGCGUCACUCUUAAUUGCCUCCAGGUGAUUAGCUCUCCCACCUGCACUGCCUUACGAUGGAAUGUUGGUAAUUGCCUUGGCGUUUGUAGCGUGCUGUUAUGUCCUUGUGGUCUCGAGAAGAGGAGGAACGUAAGAAAAAAAAGAGGAGGAAGAAUAUGAGGAAAGAGGAGGAGAAGAAAUACAUGAAAA